AAAUAUAUUCCGUCGACCCGUUCUAUCACCGAGUCACCGUCUGAAAAUACCCCCAGUCGCCGUCUGCCACCACCGAGUUACCAUCUAUCGCCUCACUCGUCUUAAUGUUCGUUUCGCGUUCUUAGUCAACGUUCAGUGCGUUGUACAUUCAGAAGUGAAAAAUGAGUUUCAGGAGUAAGAAUGAAGAUAGGCUUAGCUCUUUGCCUGAAGAGGUUCUUUCACAUAUACUCUCUUUAAUGCCUACAAAAUUUGCUGUGCGAAGUUGCAUUUUAUCCAAAAGAUGGAAGCAAAUUUGGAUGAUGGUCACAGACCUUGACUUUAACGAUUUUCAAUAUAUCUCUGAUUUGGAAUGGUAUUUGAAAUUUGUGGAUCGGACAUUGGAGCUCUGCAAAAUUUCCCAAGUUAAAUUAUUCCGAUUACGAUUUGCUCGUUAUGUGAUGCCUAAGUCAAGCGUGUCAAAGUGGAUCGACAAAGCAGUUAGAUUAAACGUGUGUGAGCUUGAAGUAAAUGUUCAGCAGUUUGAUCUGCCUCUCAGCCUGUUCACUUGCAAAACUCUCACAAAACUAAAAAUAAUUGGGUCGAAUAAUGUAUGGCAAGAUUUUAUUUUUCCAUCUCUAGUCAUGCUUCCUAGUCUAAAAACCCUUGACUUCAUUGUUAAUCGUAAAGCUUCUGUCAACGCAUUCAGACUCAUCAAUGGUUGCCCAAUGCUUGAAAGUUUAUCUCUGGUAAUAAAUGAUUAUAAUGAUAAAGAAGAAGUGUACUGCAACUUCAACAUCCCUACUUUGAAGAGACUACAACUAACAACAAGUGGCUACAGAUCUAUCUACAAAGUUGUUUUGAAUGUCCCUAAUCUUGAAUACCUUGGUGUUAGUGGGGAUUUGUGUGCACUUUUUGUGAUAGAAGAUUUGUCAUCUUUGGUUGAGGCAACUGUUAGUUUUUCUCGUGGUGAAUUAAGAUUUAAUCAUUUGAAUGCUACUGAGCUUCUAAAAGGAAUAAGUGGAGCUAAAUCAAUUUCAUGGUCCAUUCCAUAUCUUGAUGUCGUAUUGCAGUCGCCUCUGCCCAAAUUUCCCAAUUUGAAGCACUUGGAAUUGAAGGGUUCUUUUGGUUCCCCAUGGUUGCUAGUCUUUCAACAUCUUGAUAGCUCUUCUCAGUUGCAGCAUUUAAGUUUUCAAGAGCCGGAAGGAUCUUGCUGGAUUGAGCCGCAGUCAGUUCCAUCUUGGAUGCUUACGAACCUUAGAACCUUGAAAAUUACAAGAUGUAAGGGGCGUAAUUGUGUUUUAAGGUUCAUAGAAUACAUGUUGGGAAAUGCGGAGGUUUUGAAGAAUCUAACAAUCACAUGUGAAAGCUUGCUCAUGAGGGAUGAAAUGCGAUUGUGUGCACGCUUGUUGACGUUUCCAAGGACUUCUAGGUUUUGUCAGAUUCAUUUUGCUGGGAAAUGGCUUAAUUCUUUACGUAACUAGUUUCAUUUAUAACACAGCAAAUACAUGCAUUGCUACGGAGGCUUUUAAACCUCUUUUUAUUCCAUUUCUCAGUUAAAAUCGGGGAUAAUUCCUUGGAGUUU